AUGGCGUUUCGGUCACUGACGGAAAGCUUUACUUUUAUGCGAAAUAAUGCCCUUCAAAAUAGGAAUUUCUUCCGGGACGAUAAGUCUGACCAAGAAGCGCUAGUAUCCAAAUCUAGAAAUAAAGGAACUGAGCGAGCUUCUGAGAAGUUUCGUAAAGAAUGGCAAAAUAAUGUGAACUCACUUCAGUACACCUUCAGUACAAUACGACAAAAAAUGAAAGAGGUUAUCGCUCUCCAUGAUAGAAACCUCAUGGCUUCGAAUUUAGACGAUAACUUAGACGACGAUCAAGAAAUAGAGCUUCAAACCAAAGAGCUUACUCAAUUGUUCAAUUUAUCACAUGGUCAACUAAGUCAACUAUCCAAAUUAAAACGUUCUUCAGCAUUAUGGCAGCGAUCUCAAGAAUCUAAGUUAGCAGAAAAUGUUUUAUGCAGUUUGGCACGAACUCUUCAAGAUCUUUCGGUAGCAUUUCGAAAAGCGCAAUCCGAAUAUCUGAAUAAACUUCGGUCCAGAGAUGAAAGAAUACGUAGCUAUCUAAACAUAGAUUUGAAUAUUGGUGACAAUUCAUCACCGGAACUUGUAAAUGAGUUUGAGGAUGAUGAUUAUGCUGUCUGGGAAUCUCAAAAACAAAGGCGAAGUUUACUGCUAACCGAGAAUACAAAUAUGGUUGUACAACGCGAACAAGAAAUUAAUCAGAUUGUACAGUCGAUACACGAAUUGAGUGAAAUAUUCCGAGAUGUCGCACAAAUGGUUUUGGAUCAGGGUACACUGGUAGAUCGUAUUGACUACAACGUGGAACACACUCAAAUUCGAGUUCAAGAAGGUUUGAAACAGUUGACAAAAGCUCAGACUGAUCAAUCCAAGGAUCGUAAAAUGAUUAUCAUCCUUAUAUUGGUAGGAUUGGUUGUUUUCUUCGGUGUUCUCUUAAUUGUUACAAAGUUUCGAUAA